UGCAAACAAUGCAGAAUAAGGUUAGGGUAGUGUUUGUUAUCAUCAAUUUUUGUGUUUUUUCUGGUUUUUUCGAGACUUUUUCUUUUCUAGUUUCAAGUGGUGCAGCGAAAUCACUACAGUAAACUUAUUGAAAUUUCUAAGUGCAGUUCUUCUUAGUUAUCAGGUACCAAAAUAUGUGGUAAAUGUAAAUUUUGUGUUAAUUUAUACAAGGCAUAAUGGUAGUUCAGGCGGCUCUGGCAAGCACAUUGUGCAGGGUUACAGGAAAUCUCUUUUCAAACAAUUCAGCUUUGAAUCUACAACCAAAACUCCUGAGUCUUUUCAAAAUCGCUGCUGCCUCGUAUAAAGGUGAACCCUCGCAUUUCAUGGAUUUCAACAAGGUUGUAUACCCACCCCAAGAACCUGGAGAACCGCCAAGACCUGCUUUCAUAUGUCAUCAGAAAACCAACGUCAAGUAUCAGCCGAAAAAAUUGUAUGUCUGCGCUUGUUUGAUUCGUGGAAUGACGGUAGAUGAAGCUCUCAAGCAACUGAAGCAAGUUCCCCGCAAAGGCGCUGUUAUUAUCGCGGACACAUUAAAAGAAGCUAGAGACCUUGCUGUGACUGAGCAUAAUGUGGAAUUUAAGAGUAAUCUUUGGGUUGCUGAAUCUUUUGUAAGUAAGGGUAUUACGAUUAAAGGUGUGAGAAAACAUGCUAAAGGGAGGCAUGGUAUAAUUUUUUAUAGAUAUUCCCACUAUUUUGUACGUUUGGAAGAAGGAACUCCUCCAAAGGAUUAUUAUUGGGACUUGCCAAGAGAUGGCCCCUCUGCACUUGAGAGAUAUGUUGAACAGCUCCGCGCUCGUAGGAUCAUAAAUUCUCUUUAACUCUCAACAAAAGUCAAGUGUAUUCAGAUGUUCAAAAAUGUUAUUCUAGUGAUAAUUGGGUUUUGCAUUUCAACCUAACUUUCAUUUGCUUGUUUUUGCUUUUAUUCUUUGUAGUUUUUUACUUGGUUCAGAACCUAACUCUCAAAUAAAUAAUGUAACAUGUA